AACGGGUCCCACCUCCCUGUGUGCUACCAAAUUACCCUCACCCGAUUCUCCUUAUAAAAGUACUCCACCCUCUCCUCCUUAUUUUCUCCUUCCAUGUCCGAUCACCGGAUUCUCCCCCCGGAAUUAGAUCCUCUGUUUAUUGAGGUGGGCAGGAAUCUCUGAGAAAGUAGACAGGGGUCGCAUAUAAUAAUAUGUUAGGCGUAUUCAGUGGCUCGAUCGUGUCUCCGCCAGACGAGCUGGUGGCAGCCGGCUGCCGAACACCGUCCCCAAAGAUCACAGCGGAUGCUUUGGUGAAGCGGUUCGUGGAGACCACCAGCGGGGCUGUCUCGGUGCAGGUUGGGGACCAGGUUCGACUUGCUUUCACGCAUCACAAUGAGUCCGCCCUCCGACCGAGAUCUUUCGCCGUAAAGGACGAGAUAUUCUGCCUUUUCGAGGGGGCGCUGGACAACGUGGGCAGCCUGAGGCAACAUUACGGGCUGCCAAAGUCUGUGAAUGAAGUGAUCCUUGUGAUCGAGGCCUACAAGGCCCUCCGGGACCGGGCACCUUACCCUCCGAGCCACAUGGUCGGCCACCUGAGCGGGAACUUCGCCUUCAUUGUUUAUGACAAGUCGACCUCGACUCUUUUCGCAGCUUCUGAUCAAUUCGGGAAGGUUCCUCUGUACUGGGGAAUAACUGCCGAUGGGUAUGUCGCAUUUGCUGAUGAUGCCGAGUUGCUUAAGGGAGCUUGUGGCAAGUCACUUGCUUCCUUCCCUCAAGGUUGUUUCUUCUCGACUGCAAUCGGGGAACUGAGAAGCUUUGAGAACCCGAAGAACAAGAUCACUGCAGUUCCGGCAGAUGAGGGAGAGAUAUGGGGCGCCAAAUUUGAGGUGGAGGGGCCACCAGUCCUAGCAGCCACAAAGUAGACGAUUCACGAUGGUGAAAAGGAUGGUCCAGAAAACCGUACACAGAGGAGACUGAAGAGCCUUUCAGGGUUGGCUGGGUUUGAUAGUUGUCGAAUGCCCUGGUCUACGCCUAUCGAGAGCGAGCGUUAGCAAUAGGAAGUUUCUUUGCUUGUUAGCUUAUGGCUUUUGUCAGUCAUUAUAAAAUAUUGUAUAGCUAGGCUUGCUUGUGCCUUCAAUAAAAAAAAUUGUUCAAUAUGGAA